GGACAGAAACGGUCCCUAGAAAAGCUAUUUGCGAUUUGGGCCGUUGUAAUGUAUGAACAUGAGGCGGCCAUGUCCACGCCAAUUUGCGUUGCGAAGCAACACUACUCAGACAGUCAAGAUUGACGUGGAUAGCAGGAUGACCAUGUAUACGAAUUUUCGGAAAUUUACUCCUCAUUUCAACUAUCCAAAUUUCAAUCUCCUCUCUCUCAGCAGUUGUGGUGGGAAAUUGAUUUUGAUUUUACUAUUAUUUAAUAUCUAGCGUGUAUUGUUCUGCUUGAUCGAGGAAACCAUGGCUCUGUACACUGGCACUGCGUGCUUCUCCGCUUUCAGUUGCAGAAAGGUGGAGAGAAUCAGAGCAGUUGCUUCUGAGGAUUUCGCCAUUUCCAAAGCACAACAGUCUCUGGUGAGGCUGGGCGGCUCCCAGUUGAAGGUGUCGAGGCUUGGGAUCGGGGCGUGGUCCUGGGGCGAUAAUACCUACUGGAACAACUUUGAAUGGGACGACAGAAAGAUGAAGGCUGCAAGGGCUGCUUUUAAUGCCAGCAUUGACUGCGGUAUAAACCUCUUUGACACUGCAGAAGUGUAUGGUUCAAGGCUCUCACUAGGAGCUAUUAGUUCUGAAACUCUACUGGGAAGAUUCAUUAAGGAACGGAAAGGACAGAAUCCAGAACUAGAUGUAGCUGUUGCAACUAAGUUUGCAGCUUUGCCAUGGAGGCUGGGCCGUCAGAGUGUCCUCAGUGCCCUUAAGGAUUCAUUAUGCCGUCUUGGACUUUCUUCAGUGGACCUCUAUCAACUCCACUGGCCAGGAGUAUGGGGAAAUGAAGGGUAUAUUGAUGGUCUUGGAGAUGCUGUGGAGAAGGGUCUUGUGAAGGCUAUUGGAGUUUCAAACUAUAACGAAAAGCGUCUUCGUGACGCUUAUGAACAGCUUAAGAAAAGGGGUAUCCCAUUGGCUUCAAACCAAGUCAAUUACAGCCUUAUUUACAGGCUUCCAGAGGAGAAUGGUGUGAAGGCUACCUGUGAGGAACUUGGGAUCUCAUUGAUAGCGUACUCGCCCAUUGCUCAAGGUGCUCUUACGGGGAAGUAUACACCAGAAAAUCCUCCUGCUGGUCCUAGAGGACGGAUUUAUACACCUGAGUUCCUAACAAGGCUCCAACCUCUGCUCAACAGAAUCAUGGAGAUCGGUGAUAGCUGCAAGAGAACUCCUACACAGGUGGUCCUGAAUUGGUUACUAGCCCAAGAGAAUGUUGUGCCUAUCCCGGGAGCCAAAACUGCGGAACAAGCUGAAGAGUUUGCAGGGGCACUUGGGUGGGGACUGACGAAGGAUGAGAUAGAAGAACUGCGUUCAUUGGCUUCAGAAACUAGGCCUGUUAUUGGUUUCCCAGUGGAGAACUUGUAAAUCUACACACGAACCAACAAUGCUUAUUAUUUACUAAAAUGUAUAAGUAUACCUCUCAAUAUUGGUUGAUCAUAUGGAGCAACAACAUGGUUUUUAAUUCACAGAAAUUCAGGUUUGUUCCUUAUUUAGAGAGAACUAGUUCUUGAAAUGCUUCCACCAGAAACAUUGUACCAUAAAACUUUGUUCUUGAAAUGCUUGCAGAGAAUUCCCUGUA